AUGGCGCACGCACCACCGCCCCUCGUGCGCGCGCCCGCCCGCGAGGAAGUUGCUGUCGCCGGCCAGGGUGCGGGGUCGGCUUCAACGGCGAGACCCGCCGCGCAAGAAAUGCGACGCACCCUUGACCCUUCCCCGUUCUACCAUUCACAGGCAGAAACGGACAGGGAGGCUGGCGGUAACAAGGGCGUCUCAGAUAGGCAGAUACGUCUGAAGAUCUAUUCGCCAAAUGUUCUCAACAUCACUUUGGUCGAUCUGCCUGGAAUUACCAAGGUGCCAGUUGGCGACCAACCAACUGACAUCGAGGCCAGAAUAAGGACUAUGAUAUUGUCAUAUAUCAAGCACAAGACAUGCAUCAUAUUGGCUGUUUCUCCAGCAAAUGCAGAUUUAGCGAACUCUGAUGCUCUUCAAAUGGCUCGGCAAGCUGAUCCUGAUGGUUCUCGAACAAUUGGUGUUAUCACAAAGUUGGACAUAAUGGACAGGGGCACUGAUGCCCGGAAUUUUUUGUUGGGAAAUGUCAUCCCAUUACGACUUGGUUAUGUUGGUGUCGUAAACCGCAGCCAGCAGUCCACAUUGAAAUAUCUAAAAAGACUUGUAUUUAGGAACGGAGCGUGUAUCAAAGAUCAUUUUCAGAAUGCUGUGCUAGAUAUCAAUUCAGAUGUCAGUGUCAAGCAGGCUCUGGCCCGAGAAGAAAGUUUCUUCCGUACUCAUCCGGCAUACAACGGUCUUGCUAAGCACUGUGGGAUACCACAGUUAGCAAAGAAGCUAAACCAGAUCUUGGUCCAACAUAUAAGAACUAUUCUGCCUGGACUGAAGGCUCGCAUAAGUUCUCAAUUGACAGCUAUUGCUAAGGAGCAUGCCUUUUAUGGUGACCCAGUCGAGUCCAAGGCUGGGCAAGGCGCUAAGCUUUUGAACAUUCUAGCUAAAUACUGUGAUGCUUUCUCGUCUAUGGUAGAAGGAAAAAAUGAAGAUAUAUCAACAAUCGAGCUUUCUGGUGGAGCAAGAAUUCACUAUAUUUUUCAAUCUAUCUUUGUCAAAAGCUUAGAGGGUGUUGACCCUUGCGAGGAUGUCACUGAUGAAGAUAUCCGCAUGGCUAUACAGAAUGCAACUGGUCCUAGGAGUGCUUUGUUUGUACCUGAGGUGCCAUUUGAAGUCCUUGUGCGCAGGCAAAUCAGUAGAUUGCUUGAUCCAAGUCUGCAGUGUGCAGAUUUCAUAUAUGAGGAACUGGUUAAGAUGAGCCACCGUUGCCUUAGCAAUGAGCUGCAGCAGUUUCCUAUACUCAGAAGGAGCAUGGAUGAAGUAAUUGGGAAGUUUCUACGGGAUGGGCUUAAGCCAGCACAAGAUAUGAUAGCACACAUAAUUGAGAUGGAGGCCGAUUACAUAAACACAUCUCACCCAAGUUUCAUCGGUGGUAGCAAGGCUGUAGAACAAGCACAGCAACAAGUCAGAGCCGCUAGAUUGCCUGCAACAGUGGUUAGAAGAGAUGGAGUAGAUGCAGAUAGGCCACAGGCUUCUGAAAAAACCCAAAAAGCACGUGCAUUAUUGGGUAGAACCACUGGUGUAAAUGGAGUUAUCACCGACCAGAUCCAGGGGGUACGAUCGGCUGCUGAGGCAGAGAGACCAGGUUCUUCAGGUAGUGGAAGCACUUCUUUUUGGGGCUCAAUAUUCACCUCAAGCGAAGACCGCGCACCUUCUUCAGCAAGAGGUGGUUCAACGAACAAAUCUUAUGCUUCAGCUACUCCCAACCUGGAACAUUCAUUCUCUUCAAUACAGUUAAAAGAGCCACCGCUAGUCCUCAAGCCUUCAGAAAGUCAUUCUGAGCAGGAGGACCUUGAAAUAGCAAUCACAAAAUUGCUGCUGCAGUCAUACUACAAUAUAGUCAGGAAAAAUGUCGAGGAUUUUGUACCAAAAGCAAUUAUGCAUUUUCUGGUUAAUCACACGAAAAGGGAGCUGCAUAAUUUCCUUAUAACUACCCUUUAUAGAGAAGAGCUCUUUGGGGACAUUCUCAGAGAACCUGACGAAAUAACCACAAAGAGGAGGCAGAUACGCGAUACUCUUAAGGUCCUUCAGCAAGCCUACAAAACUUUGGACGAGAUACCGCUUGAAGCGGAGACAGUCGAGAGGGGCUAUUCCCUGGAUUCUGAUGCGACGGGUCUACCACGGGUCCAUGGGGUUUACGAUGGAAGCUCACCAUAUUCGACUCCGAAGCAAACAAGGCCUAGGAAAUCAAGCCACUCUGGGGAGCAGCAACAACCUUUCAGUGGCAAUGGGUUUUGA